UAAUGGAGGCAGGAUUACCAGGAUUAACUGUUGCUCAGUUUCCACACAGUGGCCGUCGUCCCUCUUGUACAGUGUGUAUGGGUGAGUGCAUGCAUGUGUGUGGUGCUCGCAGUACAAUUCGGAUUCGUUUUUAGAACACGCUACUUAACUGUCUACCAGGCUGCAUCUGGCACAAAACUUGAGAAUUUCACCUUCUGUAUUGCAGAGAGGUGCCUUUGGGAUUAAUGAAGACCGCACUACACCUUCCUGCUUCACUUCACAAAACCCUAAAGUGUGAGGCUAUUUUUGUGCCCAUGACAGUCGUUACAUCAUUUACAAAAUGAUAUUUUUGCGGAAGAAAUCUCAGCAGUUGGUGCUGAUCAUCUUGAUUUUGUGCUUCAUGGUUGGGAUCUACCUACUGGACUUGAAUAUUGAUCAGAGAAGAUUACAGGUCAUCAAGAUAUACUGGGAAAACUACCAUUGUUGGAAUGAUAUGUGGUCUUUCAAACCUGCUCUCUUCAAUAAGGGAAAGAAAAUAAUACAAAUAAAAGACCAAUUUACAAACAAUGACACAAUAGUGCGUGUUUAUUCAAAUGAAGACAAAAUGGUGGAACAAUCUGGAAAUUCUCCAUUGAAGCCUGUUAAAUCGGACCAACUCUCAGAACUAGGCUUCUUUGGUGAUGAAUAUGCCAUCAAUGAUGAUCUGCCACAAACUAACUGUCCCAGCAGCAUUCAGAAAAAGGUGUUCAGGACUGACUUUGCUAAGAUAUUCUUGCCUAGUGUGCCAGUCUUGCAGUGGGCGAAGCAUUACACUAAGCCAGAAUAUGAGCGGUUAUCCCACUACCACGGUGCCCAUGGAUGGGGUAGUGUCAGUGCUGAUGUUUUGAAUGAAUCUUUGGCCAUUUUAAAUACAUCUGCGAACCGCCUGAUGUUUGAUGACCGGGAGAAGAGAGAGAACAAAUCUCAAUGUAUCCGCUGUGCUGUUGUCGGAAAUGCAGGAAUCUUGAAUGGGUCAAAGAAAGGCCAUGAGAUUGACCAGAACGACUAUGUGUUCAGGACAAAUGGUGCAGUUAUUAAAGGCUUCGAAGAGGAUGUCGGCUCACGUACCUCUUUCUAUACCUUCUCCACAAACACCUUACGCAACUCUCUGAGAAGUUAUGCACAUAUUGGCUAUAAACGUGCUCCACAGUCCAUGGAGACGAGGUACAUUUUCCUGCCUGAUCAUGACCGGGACUAUAUUCUAAUGAGAGCUGCAUCCCUGCAAAUACCAAUCCCAAAAGGGAAAGACCGGAGUUCUACGCCUCCCAAUUAUUUUGGAUCUGAUGUAACUGUAGAGAAGAUUAAAAUGUACCACCCUGACUUCAUCCGUUACCUCAGGAACAGGUUUCUGCAUUCAAGCAGACUCAAUGGCAGACUUAAAAACAUUUACAGGCCGUCUACAGGAGCCGUCAUGCUGCUGGCCGCGCUUCAUAAUUGCGAUGAGGUAAAUGCCUACGGAUUUAUGACACCAGACUUCAGGAAAUAUUCAGACCAUUAUUACGACAAAACGCCUCAGCGGGUGCGUUUCUUCGCCAACCAUGAUCUGCGAAUGGAGUUGAAACUGUGGCAGAAGUUGCACAAGGCAGGACUGAUAAAGCUCUACAUGCGAACAUGACCCUAACUGCAAUGAACUGAAUUAGACUCUAUGGAGUCUGAGCACUUACAAGAUCUGAGGUGUAGUAGGCUGUAGAUAAUAAUCCUGUGACAUUUAAGUGCUUCUGGAUUUGGCCUACCUCACCUAAACAUAAGAGUAGAGGUAAAGACAGAGGGUGUGUGUGUGUGUGUGUGUGUGUGUGUGUGUGUGAGAGAGAGAGACACGUGUUUGUGACACGUGUAUGUGUGAUGUGUUUGUGUGUGUGAGACGUGUGUGUGACAGGUUUGCGUGUGUGUGUGUGUGUGACGUGUGUUUACAAUGUGUGACUCGUGUGUGUGUGUGUGUUACUAACUAAAUAAUCUUAUAUAAAGUUUAUACAUUCAUAUAUUUGUGGACAUUUUUAAUAAUUCCAUGCCAUUUGUUGAAUGUAACCUUUUUAAGACAAUGAAGAUGGCAGGACAAUUAGGAAUAUUAUUGUUACUUCAAAUAAGACAGAAAAAAAAGACAUAAAAAUGUCUUGAAUGUAUUUUCAAGGUUUAAUUGCUUCAAUUCAAAGAGACUUCUGCUUUUCUUGAAAAA